AUGGAGAAUCGGACGCCGAUGCAACACCACAGUGGGUAUGAAAUUGUGAAAAGCGAGCCGCCGUCGACACCCAAAACACUGAUCAAGAGUUCAUACAUGGAAAACACUCCUGAAAUGGUUUUUGGCAGUUUUCCCAUUCAUUCCGGGUUCUGCACCCAAGUGGUGACCCACACGGACCCAAUGAACAAUAACAAUCAGCCAAAAACCAAUGCAAAUGGUCGAGCUCUCGCUGCCGACAGGAAACGACCGUACCCAUGCAACCUGUGUUCUUCAAAGUUUGGUUCAAAAAUGGAGCUCGAGGAGCAUCAAAAUUCUCACACCGGCCAGAAGCCAUUUGAAUGUGACACAUGUAAUGCAAGGUUCAAUCGGAGGUCGACACUCUGGAAUCACAAGAGAAUUCACUCGGAUGCCAAGCCGUUUGUAUGUACAGUGUGCCAAAUGACGUUCAAAUGGAAAAAUAGUUUGAAGUGUCAUAAGGAUAUGCAUCAACGAAAAAAUGAAACCUCCGCUCAUCUGGACAACGAUCUCCGGCAACUGACAUAUGCCACAGCAGCGAAAAGAAAACUGCAAAUGGAGCAAGAAGAAAAUGGAGGACUUCCAGCAUCAUCGUCAGCUUCAUCUGUAAUUUCUCAUCCACUGAUCACGACGACAUCUGGAAACAAAAAACGAUCGAAAGCGGCAAAAGCCAAGCAAACGCCAAGCUCCUUGGCAACUACAUUAAGUCAAGUGCAUCUGGGAGCUGUUCAGCCGUUGCAUGCCAGUGCUUUAGUACCUCCAAGUGAUCAUCAAAUCGAUUUGGACACUACCUCUCUUGAUUCAUUGAUGCAGAGUCAGAAUCAAAAUUUCCUUAUGCAACUUUAUGGCUAUAGCGACGAUGGUCGCCACAACGGAGGCAUGCUGUCGCUGGACGACACGAUGCUCUCAAAUCUCAGUGAUUCUAAAUCAGACUCUGGCUCAUCAUCGGGUGGAUUGAGCAUUCAACUUCCAAUGCAAACUAUUAACAUGCUUAACUUCCGGAAUCUUGGCACGCAACAAUUGCCGCCAGUGCACCAACUCGCCUCCUCCUUGCCUUCAGUGUCAUCUGGAAUGGAUUAUGUAAAUGUAAACCAGCAUGACUCUCACUACAUCGUCUCCCAACCCGACAUGAUGCUCGGAAACCAGCCCCUCUACCACAAUGGAAGCUUCGCCAACAUUGAAAAGAGCAACCCACACAACAAUCAGUUCACAAUUGACAGCUGUGUACUGCUGCCAUCUUCAAGACAAGAUUAUCCCUUCGACUAUACCAUGGUCAACCAGCAGUAUCCAAUGCAAGAGCAAGUUCACGAUCAGACGGUCGGAGUGAGUGUUGUGCAGCAGCACUACGCCGAACAAGCUCAUGCUCACGGGAAGACUGUGCCACAUGAGCAGUGGUAAAAUGUGCUCUUUCUUGAAAAAAAAACAUUUGCCUCUAUUUUUCUUGAUGUCUGACAUCGUUACUUUCUCUUCUCAACUUUACCUUCCGUGCCCAGUUGUGACCAGUAUUACAAUCCUUCCCAUUUCCAAUUUCUUGUUUCCAAAAAACAUUAUUCUUGGUGUCAUUAUAUUGUUAUGCUUAAGUUUAAAUUAUCAAAAAUUACAAAAAGCCUAUUUCUAUUUCUCAAGAACUCGCAGUGAUCUCUCUGUGUAGUUCCUAAUUCUUAAACAAAAAAGUCUUUACCUCUCUCACACCCAGUUUUUCUUGUCACUAUCCUGCCAGCCUUUCAGUUAAAGCGGAACUCUCCAAUAGUCCUUCUUCCCAACAAUCUGAAUUGAUAGAAUAAAUGACUUGUAUGUGUACUCUACACCGAUAUCUCCUGUUUACUUGUUUGUACUAUAUUGUAGAAGCGAUUCACUCAAAUUAAGUGUGUGCUCAUAUUAACAUUGCCAUGUUUCGUCCCCUCCAACAGUUUUCCGCAACAUCUCACCACCCCCACCUUUCCUCUAAUUGUAUCCAUACCAACAUCUUGUCUCUUGCUCUUCCAGUCUUUGUUUAUCUUGGAGUCAUCUCUCUAUUCUUUUUUUCUUUUUGAAAUAAAGUAAUAAAUGUAAAUUCUUUAAAAAA